UUGGUGCCAUCAUGAUUUUGAUUUUUGUCACCUAAAUGUCAUUUCAGGCCAAAAUUUGUCCAAAAAUUAAAACUACUUUAUUUUCGACAAAAAUUGGCACAGUUAAUAAAAAAAGUAUGCUGAAAAUGAUGGUCACAUCAAAAUUUUGAUUUUUUGUCAACUAAAUGCCGUUUAAGACCAUAAACGUUUCAAUCGUAAGACUUUCAACCAUAAAUGAUAGGCUGUAUUUUUUGUUAGCAAUUUCUUUUAAAAUGUUAGUUUAUUAUGACACGUUUCGUUUUGUUUGCGUUUCUUGUAAGAUAUAUUGUCACUUGUGUGCUUUAUCUUCAGAGCUUCAUGCACCAAAUCUCUUCGAAUGUUUGGCAUGAUAACACAACAAAUUAACAGGUUGUCAUCAAAUAUUUUGGUAGCGAGCAUAAAUUCUUAGAGUCCCCAGGGCUUCUUGUUUUAUUUGUAUUCAGUUGUAAUAAAUCAUACAGAGAAAAAAAAAAUAUUAUGAGUGGUCAUGUAAUCAGUGAGUUGUUUCAACAAAUUGUUCAUUCAGAAGAAAGGAUUAAGCAAAGAUUUGAAGCUUUGAAAAAAGUGAAUCAAAACAUCCAAGAUCAUCAAGAUAGAUUGAGAGAAACUAAAUAUGAAGUUGAAGCUUUGCAAGGUAGUCUAAGCGUUCUCAAUCACAAACUGGUGCAAGAAGAAAUUGAAUUGAAAUGGCUUGCCAUGAGGGAAACCAUUUUAAAGGGACAAAAAGAAGAAUCAUGUAGAGAAAAUGCAGACUUACGAGAGUUAAUAGAAGAGUUAAAUCACGAAGGUGAGAAUGAGAGAGAAGCGUUCCUUAAGGAGUGCGACAAAUUCUUGAAAGAAUUUCCUUUAACUGGGGAGUGUGAAAUGCCAGACUUUGAAGGAUGUUUGAAAGAAAAAUUACGUAAAGUAAAAGAAGAACAUGGGCAAAUUUUAAAACAAGUUGCAGCUAUGCAAACACGCGACGAGAAAUUGAAGUUACUCGAAGUUGAAAGAGACAGUCUGAACAAAGAAGUUAGUCAACUAAAUGACUUGAAAGAGGCUUUAGUAACAGAUUUGUGCAAAUUAAAGAAAGAAAAGGAAGAACUGAAAAUCGUGAAAGAAAAAGUUGCAAAAAAGUCAACAAUGAAACCAGAACUGCAUCAAAUGUUGACUGAUUUGGAGGAUGGAAAGAAUGAAUGUGCCAUGUUGAGUGAGCAGCAUCAGACACUAGCAAAAGAGCUUUACCAACUGCAGCAAACUUUUAUGAAAAAUGAACACAGAGCGAAGCAAAACUCGAACCCCUGGUACAUUUCGAAGCAGGUCCAACAGUCAGAUAGAACCCCUGAGAAAUCACGAAUGCAAGAUGCAAAUCAAGGCAGUUCAUCACAAAGAGUGUCAAGGUCGUCCGGGAAAAAGUUAUUUAAUUAUCAAGCUCACAAGAAAGCGAAGCAAAUGGAUGCAGAGAGACCACUUAGCAAUGAAAGUCAAACUAAACUGGAUCCAUUAGACAGUUUCGAUUUUGGUUUGGACGCUGAAGACGAUUCAUUUUUGGGUUGUGAUGUUGAAGGAUUUUUUCAUUGACGUUGUUUUGAAAUUUUCUCUGUAAAAAUGUAAAUUUUUUGUUUAUACAAAAAUUAAUGUUAUUAAAACUAGAAAUAAACCUAACAUUUUGUUCGUCCAUGUUGACUUCGUUCUGUUUAUACGUUUAUUAAUUACUAUAGAAUGUUUGCCAUAUAGAAAAGUCAUCUUCCAAGAAAUUGUCCGAAAACCUGAAGUCAGUAUUUGGUACACUGAUAUCAACUCAGUAAAAUGAAAUAAAUAAGCGAAAUUUAACGACCGUCGUAAAGCGCUUAGCGUUACGCGGAUCAACAAGUUCUGUAUGUGAAGUUACUCACCCCGCCCAGGUUCAAAUUCGAUAAAAGAGAAUUGUUAAUACAACAUAAUAACCCUGAGACAUAAUGGAAUUGAGUCUUUCACAAUAUAACAAGCACAAAGAUGGUUAGUUCUAAGGCUUUAUGUAUUUAUAUAAAACACGCUCAACAUCAUUUGACUUUUCCCGAUGAUGGAAGAAGGAUCUCCCGAAACGUAGCCUACUAAACUUUCAUGUUCAAGAAAUGAUAAACUUUCCACAAUAAUAAUAUUAUUACUGAAUUGAUCAAUUUUUACUACUAAAUUUUGAUUGGAAAUAACCAAUGCUAGCGGGACAAAAUGAUAAGCCUGGUGGCUGCUGUUACU